AUGUCGUCGACGAUACAACCAUCUCAUACGUCUGCAACUGAGAUUAAAAAGAAAAGAAAAGCCGAAACUCAAGCAGCGUAUAGAGCACGGCAUGCCAAGUACAUUUCAGCUCUCGAAAAAACAGUCGCUCAUCUUGAAUCAAUGUCCUCAUUACUUCAAUAUCGCUGGGAAAAAGCGGAAAACGAGGCUGAGGGAUUUCAGCGAGAAAACUUCAAACUGAAAGAAGCCCUUGAGCUGAAGCAGCGAGUCUCAUCCAAGAGAGGCCGUGGCCUUGAAACAAAGGUUCUAUCUUACGUGCCGCCACCGUCACCGUCGUUCCUUACCCGCGAUUUCACACGUCUUGCAAGUCCCCACUCCUCAGUUUCUCUGCCUUGCCCAUUCGACCAUAGUCACCCGGCCUGCUCGUUGACCCAUCCUCGAUCGGAGCUAUCACCGACUCGAAGCAUGAGCUGUCACCAUUUGACAUAUGCUUCGUCCCUUGCCACUCCUUACGACGCACAUCCUCUUCUUUCCUUCACCGACAAAGAUAUUCAUAUUCCUCAGGAAUCAUCGGACUGUAGACGUCGUUUCAAUGACUGUGUUGCUAGGCUUGACAUACACCGCGGCGUUUCCGAUACCAAGGCUGGAAGUCUGCGAUCUAAUACUGAUGCGAACCGGUCAACAGCAAGCGAAUGUAGCUCCUGGCGUAGCAGUCAUUCUUAUAGCAACAAAUAUGAGACAUUUCCGUUGCAUACAGUAGCACCGACACCUCAUGAUCGAAGCCCUGAAUCUGAUAUAGUCUUCUCCUCAGGAUUGUUAGAUGUGAUCAGAAACUCUGCAUUUGGCUCCACUAAGAGAAGGAAGGUCGAAAUUUUCAGAGCUGACAGUCCGAAACAACCAAUGCAAGGAGAUGACUGA